AUGAACAAACUCGCCCACGGGGGCCCCUACCCUGGUCGAGAGGACGACGAGGCGGCUAUAUUCGCCUUCUGUAACAUUCAGAAGCCUGCCGCUCUACCGCACACGAGGCAGCAUGUGUCGGGUGUGCCACCGAGAGCCCCGCCGGUCGCAUCGCAUGAGUUUGCGGUCCCGGCGGCGGCGGCCUCGGCGGGAGUUGCGCCGCUGGCCUCGACCACUGAAGAGGUCGAUGUGCCCCCGGUUGCCCCCCUGGCCCCAGAGACACGAGAAGAGCCCGUGGCUGCGCUAGCUGCGGCCACCGGGAUGGGGGACAUCGACCUGCCCGACGCAAAUCUGGCUGAGGCGAUUGCCGAGUCGGAGCGCCGUGACACCGACCUUGACGCUGCCCGCGCGCCCAGAAAGCGCCGGGCUGUGACGCAUGACGAUUCUGACACUCCCUCUCAGACAUCUGAAGCAGCGAGGCCGCGGAAGAAGGCCACCAGGGCCUCCCGCACCUCCACCACAGAGUCUGGGCUGACUAUCGCGGGCUCCUCCCGGAGCACCGCCGCGCAGAAAUCGACGAAGUCCACGCGGCGGCCCACUCGUUCACCUGCCGCUUCCCGACAGCCGGACGAGGAUGGUUUUGUCGCCCCAUCCCGGCGGCACACUGCCAGGGCUGCUGCGCUGCAGCAACCGACCCCGCUGCCGACCGCCAACACGUUUGCGGGCGCCAGCGUCGAUGCGAUGGAGGAUGGAGAAGCGCCUUCGGCGCCGGCCCAAAAGAAGCCGCCGCCGAUCGUCAUCCAAUGGGCCGGCGAGUUCCAGCACAAACUGGACAGGGUGGCCACGUCCGCCGCUGUCAAGAACGCUGGCCGUGACCUCUACAAUAUCACAGUGUCGUCCAACGAGGAGUACCGCGCGGUGAUGGACGCCAUCUGCAAAGAUGGCCUCCCGUGCUACACGCGCCCCUCCGAGCCGCUCAAACUUCUGAAGGUGGUGCACCCGUACACCAGCUUUGCUGCCGCCACCAAGGGAGGACCAUCAGCUUCCACCACCCGAAGUUCGGCACAUGUGGAGCGCGAGACGCAGCCACCGACCGCGCCGUCCACGGCUUCGCCCGUGGGGGUGGCAACCCCCGCGCCCACGCAGGGCGCGCGGGUUGCCGCCCCGCGCAGGCGUCGCCGGCGCGCGGGCCGGGCCACCCCUGCCGCUGCACAACGGACUGCCGACGACACUGUGCCGCUGCAGAGGACGGCACCUCGUGCUGCGCCGCAACCGCGACCGGCUGCCGAUGCUCCACGGCAGUCGUCUACUACGGAGCGGCCGCAACCGGCCGCCCCAGUGGCGGAGGCCGCCCCAGCGGCCCCCACCGCCCCCAUGGCCACCGACGCAGCCGAGCUCCGAUCGUCCACCACAGGCCAACGACUCGCUGGCCAGACCUACUGCGAGAGUAAUUAUCUCUCGCCGCCCGAUGUCGAAACAGAGGGCGUCACAAUGAACGACGCCCAGUGA